UGGCCAAAGUGAUCACACCUCAGUCCAGUAGAUGGCGGUAGUGCACCGAGAUUGCAAGCCGCCAAUAAAAGUCUCAGAAGCAGAAGCUCAUCUUUGUUGUUAUACCGAGUCUGACCUGAAGGUGGUGCUGCUGGGCGGGAAAAGCAGAGAGAAAAGAAAACAUGGCGUCAACCACUACGGCCUCAUGCUGAUGGGGGUUAAAGUUUCUCAGGCGAAAUCUGGAUAUUUUAUGAAUUUCACGCAGAUUAUGGCUCUGGAAUAAAUUGUGGGGAUAUUUUUGAAUAGUAUAUGCCAUGUUGGCAGCGGUGUUUAGGGUCAGACCGCCGGUUUGUCUGUGCAGGAGAGCGUUUAGCAGCCAGUCUGACCCCCCGGAUGAUCCGGAUAAUCCGGAUGAGAGUCUCCCGGCGCCGCCGCCGCGGAGACCCCGAAAAGACCCGAGCGGACGCUGCGUGUUCCUGUUCCCAGGUCAGGGCAGCCAGUUCGUGGGUAUGGGCCGAGGACUGCUCAAGGUCCCCAAAGUCAAAGAAAUGUUCGAAGUAGCCCAGAAAGUCCUCGGAUACGACCUGCUGUCUCUGUGCCUGAAGGGACCGGAGGAGGAACUGAUGAAGACGGUUCACUGUCAGCCCGCCGUGUUCGUCACCUCGCUGGCUGCUGUGGAGAAACUCAACCACCAAAACCCCCACGCUGUUGAGAGUUGUGUUGCCGCUGCAGGUUUCAGUGUUGGAGAAUUUGCUGCCCUGGUCUUUUCCGGCUCCAUGACCUUCACAGAGGCUUUGUAUGCCGUAAAGGUGCGGGCAGAGGCCAUGCAGGAAGCAUCAGAGUUGGUUCCAAGUGGGAUGUUGUCUGUCAUUGGAAGACCUCAGGCCAACUAUAACUAUGCCUGUCUGCAGGCUAAAGAACACUGUGAGAGCUUGGGGAUCCAGAACCCGGUCUGCAGUGUGGCCAACUACCUAUUCCCUGAUGGCAGGGUUAUCGCCGGCCAUCAAGAGGCAUUGGAUUUCCUGCAGCAGAACUCACGACAGCUGCAUUUCACCAGGACCAAACCUCUGUCGGUGAGUGGGGCGUUUCAUACUAGGUUGAUGGAAUCAGCCACUGAGCCCCUGAGAGAGGUUCUCAGAAAGUUGGAGGUGUGCCGCCCUGAAAUCCGUGUGCACUCCAAUGUGGAUGCCAAAUGCUACAUGAGCGAGAAGCAUGUGCGCAAGCAGCUGGUGAAGCAGCUGGUGUCGCCCGUGAAAUGGGAGCAGACUCUGCAUGAGAUCUAUGAAAGAAGUCAAGGGGAAAAGUUCCCCGAAACCUACGAGCUCGGACCCGGAAAGCAGCUUGGCUCCAUCCUCCAGAAGUGUAACAGGAAGGCCCACAGCACAUACUGGCACGUGGACCUCACCGCUGAAGAAGAGGACUAAAAUAUUAGGCACACGGGUGUACCUUAAAACAUGCAACAGGUUUUCUAAAAUAAAAUGUUUUUUUUUUAUUCACAAGCCAAUAUUUUGUUAUUAGGGUUUAUUUGCAUCACAUGGAAAAAAGCAUUGUCAGAUUGGAAA